GAGCGUUGACGUGGAAAGGAGCAGCAAGGAGGGGGAGGUUGGAGAAAAAAAACGGCAGCUCUUCUAAAAAUACGGAGGGCAUGUGAGAGUGCGAGCAGGCUGGGAAGGAGGGCGAGGGGAGAGCAGCUCGCACCAUGGUCCUCGGACACUCGGAGAUGUCCCUCCUGUGACUGGGUGCACCAUGAGCAUCUGGGAGGUGAUCCUGGCUUUUGUGAUGGUGGUGCUGAUGCUUGUGGCCCUGCUGGCCAACGUGCUGGUGCUGAUGUGCUUCUUGUACAGCGCCGACAUCCGCAAGCAGGUCCCAGGAUUGUUCAUCCUCAACCUCACCUUCUGCAACCUGUUGAUGACCGUCUCCAGCAUGCCCCUGACCUUGGCUGGGAUCAUUUACAAGAGGCAACCGGGAGGAGAUCAGAUCUGCCACGCUGUGGGCUUCCUGGAGACUUUCCUCACCACGAACUCCAUGUUGAGCAUGGCAGCGUUGAGCAUUGACAGGUGGAUUGCCGUGGUCUUCCCUCUAAGUUACCACUCCAAAAUGAGGUACAGAGAUGCUGCUCUCAUCCUGAGCUACACGUGGUUACACUCCGUGUCAUUCCCCAUAGUGGCAGCGUCUCUCUCCUGGGUGGGUUUCCAUCACCUCUAUGCCUCCUGCACCCUGUACAACAAGAGACCAGAGGAUAGGACACAGUUUGUGAUUUUCACUGGGGUCUUUCACACCCUCAGCUUCCUCCUCUCCCUUAUAGUCCUGUGUUUCACUUAUCUCAAAGUGCUGAAGGUGGCACGGUUCCACUGUAAGCGGAUUGACGUGAUCACUAUGCAGACCCUGGUACUGCUUGUGGACAUCCAUCCCAGUGUAAGAGAGCGUUGUCUAGAAGAGCAGAAGAGACGGAGGCAACGAGCAACAAAGAAAAUAAGUACCUUCAUUGGUACCUUUAUACUUUGUUUUGCACCUUAUGUUAUCACAAGACUUGUUGAAUUAUCCUCUUCGAUCCCCAUCAACUCCCACUGGGGAAUUAUCUCCAAGUGCUUAGCUUACAGCAAAGUAGUUUCAGACCCUUUUGUUUACUCUUUGCUACGGAAUCAGUACAAGAAGACAUGGAAGGACAUCAUAAACAAGAUCCUCAAAAGGAGCUCCAUCAACUCCUCUGCCCUCACGAGCGAGUCGCACAAUCGAAAUAUAUUGCAGCUGAAUGAAUGAGGAGCCUUCCUCGUGGGUAUGGGAUCUUCCAGAAGCAUUAAAUGAUAUACGAGAAACAACAGUAACUGGCCUAUCCCUAGUAGCUAUCCUCAGCUGUCAAGGCUUUGGGAAGUGGUCACAGGGGCUGUGUCCCUUCCACAGCCCUCAUACACCCACGGGAGGCUGCUUUGAGCCUCCUCUCUCCAACUGCAGUGUGCUAUUGGUGCGUGGCCAUGCAGACUUCACCAAGACCAAUCUCCCAUUGAUUUCCAUCCGCAGUUACACAUAGAGUGAAAAGCUGCUCCUUGGUGGGAGAGCUCAUGAGAGUAGCAGGAGCAGAAAGGUGAAACAGUGAGAUUAUUUUUAAAAAAGCCACACAGAAAUAUAUCUGUGCCAUGUUCUUCUCUGGCUGCAGAUCAGGGUCUUUCUGAUGGAUCUGCCAGCUUUACAAAACAACCUCAACCUGAUUGCUUCAGCAGGUACCCUACAGUAAAGAUCUUAAUAGGAAAAUCCGAAUAGCAAAAUCUUUACCUGGGCACUCAUACAGUGACCAGUAUAGCUUUCAAUCUCAUUUGGUACAUAUCAUUUGAACAAUUCUGUAGAACUGAGUGAAAAGAAAAUCUCUUUUGAGUACAUUACAGGCUGGAUUCUGAUGUGUCCUCUAAGUAACUUUCACAGAAUUCUAUUACUUUCCUCUUCAUUAAAUUUUAAAAGACUAAAAAAAAAAAAAAA